UUAAUGUAUCGAUUAAACCAACUUUGUUUUCCUUUAUAGCCUGAGGAUGAAGCUUUGGUUGUAGGCAUGACAAAUGGCAUAUUGAAUGUUAAACAUCGGAAGCAUGAAGGAGUAAAAGAGGUUUUGCGUCGGAGAAGGCCUGCAUACCGAACCUUUGUGAAAGGAAAAAAUUAUCUACCAAAGCAGGAAGAUUUAUUUGUCAGCAAGCCUGUGAAGAACUAUUUGAAGAAAUAUGACAAGUUUCUGCGAACUUUCCAGGUUUCCAAGGCUCUGGAUGCAGUACUUCAGGGCCCUGAAAAAAAGAAUCCACCUGAAGUUACAGUUGCUGUCAUGCAAGAAUUAAACCGCAGAGGAACCCUGAAAAACGCACUUGCUGGGCGGGAUGAAAAGCAGCUCAGUGUCCUCCUUUCUUUCUUAAUAAG